AUGGCUAUUACUACACGGAGUGGUAAGGUUUUAUCAGGCCCUUCUUUGGGGAAAGUUGUUAAUGAUGAGGUAAUCAAAAAACAUUUUGAUCUUAAAGAAGGUAGUCUAGUAAAGUCUGAGAAUAUGGAUGACAUUGAUAUUUCUUCCAAUCAUCAACAGGUUGAUGAGAUGGAACAAGGAAAAGAGAAGAAAAAUAAAAAGAAGGUAGACCCAGGAGCGUUCACUAUUCCUUGUACGAUUGGAUCAUUGGAAUUUUCUAAGGCCUUAUAUGAUCUGGGAGCGAGCAUUAAUCUGAUCCCUCUAGCUGUUUAUAAAAAUUUGGGUUUGGCAGACCCCAUACCCACUAACAUGAGACUAGCUAUGGCAUACUGGUCUGUGAAAAGGUCGAUAGGUAUGCUAUAUGAUGUACUUAUAAAAGUUGCUGAUUUUAUAUUUCCUGCUGACUUUGUGAUCCUUGAUUGUGAAGUAGACUUUGAAAUGCCCAUAAUUUUGGGUAUAACAUUCUUGGAAACUACGAGACUGAUAGUUGACAAAGAACUAAAUGAGCUCAAGUUUAGGCUCAAUAAAAAAGAAGAAAAAUUUGAAAUGCACUCAUCCAUGACACAGCAAAAGGAGAUGAAUGUUUUCUCAAUCGUGGAUGUAUUAUAUGAGGUUGUGAAAGAGGUGUAA